CAGAAGUAUGCACCAAGCAGGAGCGGUGAAUCAUGCAGACAUUCCAGACUCAAACAUCAUAACCCAUCUGCUAUAUAGCGAAGACAGUUAUAUACAUCUCAUAUAGUAGUAACUAUCCCCAGUGCCAGCAUACUUUCCCCAUCACAAAUCCCAACAGCCCAGUUCCCUCUCCACCAUGACAAUCGACACCAAAACCAUCACCGUCUUCGGUGCAACCGGCCGCCAAGGCAGCUCCGUCGUGCGCUCUCUCGUACAAAACCCAACUUUUCACGUCCGGGCCAUAACCAGGAACCCAUCGUCAAGCAAAGCCAAAGAACUGGCUUCCCUAGGCGCAGAGCUAGUCAAAGCCGAUGGGUUCAACCGACAGGAACUUCAGCAGGCGUUUUCGGGUAGUUGGGGGGCGUUUGUGAAUACGAAUUCGGAGGAUCCGGAACUAGAAGCCAAAGGCCUCAACGACGCCGACCUAGGCAGCAACAUCAUCGAAUGCGCGGCCUUAUCCGGCGUGCAGCACUUAGUGUAUAGCUCCGGUCUGGCGAUAUCAGAAAUGACCAAUUGGGCAGUGAAAUGUCCUGGUCUUGAUUUAAAAAUCCAAGUCGAACGACAGGCCUACACCACGAAGGGCUUCAAAACCGUAACCCCCAUCGUAGCCGCGUGGUUCAUGGAGAACUGGCUCGAGCCAGACUAUGCCGACUUAUUCGGCGGAUGGCCCACAUUUCCCGAUUCUGAGGGUUAUCUAACAUACAAGACGCCCUUUUGGGGCGGGAAGGAAGAUUUCCCCUGGAUCAGUAUGAAAGAUGACUUUGGGGAUUUGGUUCAUGGGGUUUUUGUUAACCCGUUGCGGUGGAAUAGACGGCUGAUUCAGGGGUCGAGUGAUAUUGUUUCGUCGGCGGAGGUGGUGAAUACGUUUGUCGCUGUGACUGGCAAGAAAGCCCGGUAUGAGGUUCUGACGGACCCGAACGACAUGAAUACAAAAGGGGAGUAUUGGAGGGAGCAAGAGCGGGAUGUUUUUAUCUAUUCGCAGUUUAGGGAUGGGGAGUACUUCGGUAAUGGGCCUACGGAGAUUCAGACUGCUGCCGCGUUGAAGAAGGUGGCGUUUAAGGCCAAGGGGGAGAAGGGGAGGGAGACGCUUAUUACUGUGAGGGAGUUUAUGGAGAGGGAGUUUGCGAAGGUGUAGAAGAGAUUACUAUACUAUGUCAGAAACUGGAUUAUGCAGAGUUACUUGCGCAAAGACAGAGCUGGCUGUCUUUAUCCCUUGCACUUCUGGCGUAUGCGUUAUGCGCGGGUUGGAGUAGCGGUGAAUUUGGUUGCAUCGUUAACUUAGCAUACCAUCUUGAUUUACUAAGAGAACUAUCUGCAAAGAAUCAAGGCCAGGCAGUGGUUCCCGGGGCCUGGUACCUGCCGAGGGACUUGGUUAUCUGUG